AUAAAUGCGGCCGGUUAGGUGAAUAUUUGAAAGAAACACAAAACUCGAUCGUUAGAAAAAAAAAAGUCAAAAAAAAGAAGCUUCUAUCUUAUGAAUUUAAUCAAUGUCUCUCUCCCCUUGCUUUAUAUCAAUUUAUUUCAACCUCAAUAUCUAGAAAACAAAAAAAGGGUACACAGUCCCUUCGGCAAAUUCUGUUAAAUUUUCUCAAAGGUUUUACAUAGUUUGUUCUCUUUAUCUCUUGAAUUGAAUUCAUCAUCAAUGACGGACCAACAGAAAAUCCAUCCCGUCCCAGAUGUUGAAGCAUCGCCACAAACGUCCCCAACUGCUCCCUUGAUGGUUCAGAGCUCUUCAAAAUCCGACAGGGGUAACCCUGUCGAGGAAUAUCCACCUCCCCAUCGCAAUUUUCCUGUUGUGCACUCGAAAACUCCUAAGAAAAGAAGUUGUUGCUGCAGGUGCUUGUGUUGGACAGUGUCUCUACUCUUGCUGCUAAUCGUUAUUCUGGGGAUAAUUGUUGGCAUCUUAUUCCUUGUUUUCCGACCAAAGCUACCAAAAUAUUCUAUCGACAGUUUGGAGAUAACCCAAUUCAAUCUUAGUUCUGUCGAUUCUAGCUUAUCGGCUACCUUUGAUGUUACUAUUACUGCAAGAAAUCCCAACAAAAGAAUCGGCAUAUAUUACGAAGGUGGUAGCCGUUUAACCGUCUGGUACACUGAAACAAAACUAUGUGAAGGGUCGAUACCAAAAUUCUACCAAGGUCAUCGGAACACAACCAUGCUGGUUUUGCCUUUGUCAGGACAAAUCCAGAACGGUACUGGCUUGCUCACGACGCUGCAACAACAGCAGCAGGAAACAGGAAACAUUCCUUUGAGACUGAGGGUCAAACAGCCUGUGAGGAUUAAGCUCGGGAAGUUAAAGCUCAUGAAAAUGAAGUUCUCGGUUAGGUGCAGGCUAGUGGUGGACGCUUUAUCUGCUAACAACGCCAUCAGUAUUCAGAGUAGUAGCUGCAAGUUUAGGCUUAGGCUGUAGUACUCUAAUUUCUAACCGCUGGAGCUAUAUUACUUAAUUCAUACUUUUAUAUUUUAUUUAUUUAUUCUCUUUAAUGUUCCAUAAAAUUGGAGGAUUUUUAUGGGGUUUUGUCCUCCAUACUUUGGUUUAUUGGUAUCUGUGUAAUUCGCAUUCUAUUUAUUUCAAGACAUAUAUUAUUACAAUAG